AUGUCGACCAUUGGACGCACCAUCAAGAAUGUCCUAAAGACGGGCCCCAAAGAUGCACUUCACCAAAUGAACAACAUUGGCGAUACUAAAUGGGGUCCUCUCAUUGGUAUUGAUCGUUUCGGCAACAAGUACUUUGAGAACAACGACGAAAUCUCUGGUCGUGAGCGUUGGGUUGAUUUUGCAAGUGUUGAUCCUGAUGCCGCUGAUAUCGAUCCUGCAUGGCAUAUGUGGUUGGCAAGAAUUGUCCAGGAACCUCCUACUGCCAUGGAUAGCAUUCAGCCUCAAAAGUGGUGGACCGAACCCACUCCCAACUUCACUGGUACUCGCAGCUCCUUCAGAACUUACAGCACUACCAAGGCUAAGGUCACUGCAUGGGAACCCACUGUUCGCGCGAGACAAUAG